UAACAGGAGAGGCGAGUUAUCUGCUGGAAUAGCGCCGUUCGUGACGAUUCGGGUGACAUCGUGCGGCACGGCGGCUACGUGCUAGCCUCUAUUAGAGCUCCAACCAGUUGGCUCCGAAUGUGUACGGAAACCAUGCAGCGACUGUACCGCUCGUGCAUGUAUAGAUCGCGCGGCUGCACACGUACUGCACACAUCGCCGGACGAUUUUUCCACCGGAAAUCUGGGCGAAGUUAACGCGACACAGCCACCCAAACAUUCCGUGCAAUGUCAAGCACCGUACAAUAUGAUGGGCUGAACGUCUCCGGGAAAACUGACAGAAGGAACGCGUACAAGCUAGCUGUACGGGAAACGAGCAUAGGCGAACCAGUGAGAGGAAUAGCACCGCCGUCGGGGAAAAGUGGGAGUGAAAGUGGAAAAAUACCGUUUUUCGAAAUUGCACGAGGGACAGGGCCGCGCACCUAGUGCAACAACCCACGAGGCUAUCUGCUGAUGGUCCGCGGUAAACGAUGGAGCCCGAGGAACCUCUGCUGCAAGGGAUUCUGCUGUUACCGCCGCAAGGAAUGCUAGGCCAACUCAAGAAAACAUGGCACAAAAGGUUUUGUCAACUGUUCAGAACCAGCAACUAUGGGAUCAAGCGUGUGGAGAUCUACGAUAACCAAGAGGAAGCUAUUCUACAGUUACAUACACCACGCAUCAUUACUUUAGAUGCAUGCAUCAAAAUUGCACCUAGCAAUCAAUCGCACGUGUUUACUGUAGUAACCAAAUCAGGGAUCCAUUAUUUCGGAUGUUACUCAGAAUCGGACAUGAGUCAUUGGAUUACUGCAUUUCAGUUGGUAGCAUUUAAAGAUAGUGUGUCUAACCAGACCAUAGAAGAGAACAACGAUCUAUAUUGUACCAGUGGAGAAGGAGUAUUUUCGGUGAAAGUUGUAGAAACAGAUGCAUCCAAACGAUGUGGCCUAGAAUGUAGGAAUUAUACUCUAGUAGUGGCUGCAGCUAAUAUUAAAUUAAUGGAUGGCGAUGUAGUUCUAUUCACUUGGCCAUACAGAUAUAUUAGAAGAUACGGCUACAAAGAUGGCAAGUUCAUCUUUGAAGCAGGUAGAAAAUGCGAAUCUGGAGAAGGUUCCUUUCGCAUGGAGCACAGUAGCCAACAAGAAAUCUUCAGAUGUAUGUACGCAAAGAUGAAAUCUAUGAAGAAAUUAAUGAACGAAGAAGGUAAUCCAGCCAUUGAGUGCAACGAUGCUCAGUAUCAUGCUGCCUUGUCUAUGGAAGCAGGCUCCAGAGCAGCAUUACCUCCCUCCCCAAAUAGUUCUGGUAAUUUAAUUGACAUUGACUUUUCAACUCCGCAAAAUUCCCAAAAGCAAUCAAUCUCGUCUUCAAACACGGACGCUAAUUUAUCUAGUAAACCUUCCUCUUCUCUUCUCAAGUCUAAACCCGCUAAACCACCACGGAAAUAUGCGUUCCAAGGUUUGCCGGAUAAGAAGAACGCAGACUCUGAGUUACCAGACUCAUCUGCGUGUGAAGAAUACAAGAUGUUGAAUCGAGAUAAUUCGCCGGAGUUGUCCCAGAAAACGAUAGGGAGUUCGAUAUUUGACGACGAAGAGAGACACUCGUACGAUUUAGUGGAAGUAAGAAACGAUGCGUGGAAAACUCAUGGUAUCGAUACUAUACAUCACACAGAGCGAACGAAUUCGUUGUUACACGAUGACAAAGGUAAAGAAAACGAGGAUGACUUUCAAUAUGAAACUGUGAUGCCCCUUAUAUCAUCCCAAAUCUCAUCGAAAAGUAAGUCUAGUAUUUCUGAUAAUCCGAUAACCACGUCGACAACUAACGUGUCGAGUAAACCCGUUGAUGAAUCUGAUUACGAUAAGCUAGAGCACUUCGGAUCCGCGAGCAAAAUCAAUCAAAAGAGUACAUAUAAAUUUGGGAAUUUUAACAAUGUAUCUCAGAAUUCACAUUCCAAUGUUUCGUUAAACAGUUCCGCAGUCGAUACUACCACUGCUUGGUCUCAUUAUGAUAUUGUGGAAGAUAUGUCCGCUGUUAGAUUAGCAGAUGAUAGUCACCUCGGAUACGGUGUUAUUAGAAAAAAGACGAACCAGUCCGAGGCUGGUUCUACCAGCAGUACUGCGGGUCCACAACAUAAAGUCUUUAAUAAUAGUGAAUAUGCAAUUGUAUCAAAACCAAAAAGGGUAUAAAAGAUCCAAAAAAAAAUUCCGUUUCGUAAAUAUAUUAAUUAUUCUUAGUUCAGAGAUUUCGAAGAUAUUCUGAUUCUCAAAAACGAUAAAAGUAAUACUAGUCUACAUUAUGACUAGAAUAAUAUCAUUCCUACCAUUGUCUGUAUAAUGAAACAGUUGCGUUGAUAUUUUAUAAUUUUGUUAUAUAUUCUUACAUAUUCGCGGAAGUGAAACGAUAUUCGUCUUCUGCAAAGAUUAGUUUAAGAGAUACUAGUCUAUUUAAUCAUUGUCAAUUGUCUAGGAAUAGUUAAUUAUAUUAGAAACGAAAUGAAAUCAUCUUUUUUCAAAAAAUCGAUCGCUAAUUUUUUUAAAUGUACAACCGACUGAUUGCAACGAAAUGAUACAGGUGCCUUACAUCGUAAAAUUAGAUAAGAAAGUCGAGAUAAGUUUUAUUAAAAUCUGUGCAGAGAUUGAGUUAAAUUUGCAUGUUAUUUGAAUAUCUGGUGUACUUAGAGAUAUUUAAUUACUGUUAUUAUCAUACUACCAUUAGUUCUAUAUUACAGUGAUGUAGCAACUUCGAUUACAGUUUUGCUUCCAUUGAGAUCUUUGAAGUUAAUGAUAUUAUAAAGUCUUCAAAAUACAGAGUUUAUAUAUAUUUACAUAGAUAUCUAUAUACGUGAUAAGCGGAAAACAAUAAGUCAUUCCCCAAGUUUCUCAUAUAUAUAUUUUAUAGACUUAUGUAUAUACUACAUAAACAUACACUUAUAAAGGAUUUAACUAUGUAUCAUAUUAUUAAGUGUGAAACAUAGUUUUAUAAGAAUUGUAUUGAAUACAUGCAUACUUGAUAGCUAUUUAUAUAAAUAUUGAUAUUUUCUUAAUUAGAGUUUGCCAUAAUCCAGUAACUCUUCUAUACCAUGUGCCAAGGUCUGCCAUUCAAAUUUAUUGAUAUUAAAUUGUAUAAGAUUACGAAGCCAUCUGCACAAGGAAAUUAAAUGUUAAAAAUCUCAUCAAAUUUUUAUGUGAAAAAUAUUUUCCACCAAACUUUACAUAUAAGUGGAAAUAUUUACAUUACGUGCAAUCUUUAAAAAACGUUUAAAGUAUGCAUAACACGAAAAGAACAUUGUUAGUUCUAGUAUUUUUAAUCUGAAGGAUCAAAAACAAAACUUGAAGUCUUUCGAUACUGACCAAACUAUCGAUAUUAUUUUUUACAUUUAUAAUAAGAUACACGUAAUAUUAGAACUAUAAGUGGUAUACAAUAAAUUUCGAAAUAUUUACAUCAGCUUAAA